GAAAGCGGGAGGGACAAACUGCCUUAAACGUUGGAGUCUGGUUUCCAAGUUGGUGUUUUUGUGGAGGUCCGGGAGGGGCGGUUGCCGGUGGUGAAAUCGGCUGGGCCAUGUCGGCCUUCGAGAAGCCUCAGAUCAUCGCCCAUAUCCAGAAGGGCCUCAGCUACACGGUGUUCGACUGUAAGUGGGUGCCCUGCAGCGCCAAGUUUGUAACCAUGGGCAACUUCGCACGGGGCACCGGCGUCAUUCAGCUCUACGAGAUCCAGCAGGGGGACCUGAAGCUGCUCCGAGAGAUUGAAAAGGCCAAACCCAUUAAGUGUGGAACAUUUGGUGCAACCUCGUUACAGCAGAGAUACUUAGCUACUGGAGAUUUUGAGGGAAACCUUCAAAUAUGGAAUUUGGAAGCUCCAGAGAUGCCAGUGUAUUCUGUAAAGGGCCAUAAAGAAAUUAUAAAUACUAUAGACGGUAUAGGUGGGCUAGGAAUCGGAGAAGGAGCGCCUGAAAUUGUGACUGGCAGCCGAGAUGGAAAUGUGAAGGUGUGGGACCCAAGGCAAAAAGAUGAUCCCGUUGCUAAUAUGGAACCUGUACAAGGAGAAAACAAGAGAGACUGUUGGACUGUGGCAUUUGGCAAUGCUUACAAUCAAGAGGAGCGUGUUGUUUGUGCUGGCUAUGACAAUGGGGACAUCAAACUGUUUGAUCUCAGAAACAUGUCAUUACGGUGGGAGACAAACAUAAAAAAUGGGGUGUGUAGCUUGGAGUUUGACAGAAAAGAUAUAAGUAUGAAUAAGUUAGUAGCCACAUCUCUGGAAGGAAAGUUUCAUGUUUUUGACAUGAGAACACAGCAUCCAACCAAAGGUUUUGCGUCUGUUUCAGAAAAGGCUCAUAAAUCGACAGUCUGGCAGGUGCGACACCUGCCACAGAACAGAGAGCUCUUCAUGACAGCGGGAGGCGCCGGCAGCCUUCACCUCUGGAAGUACGAAUACCCUAUCCAUCGGUCAAAGAAAGAUUCUGAGGGAGUAGAGAUGGGAGUUGCGGGUUCUGUCAGCCUUCUGCAGAAUGUCACACUGUCCACCCAGCCCAUUUCAAGUUUGGACUGGAGUCCAGAUAAAAGGGGUCUUUGCAUCUGCAGUUCAUUUGACCAAAUGGUGAGAGUACUGAUUGUUACAAAACUCCAUAAAAUUUGAUCUGAAGACUUUGUUCUUGAAGCCUUCCAGAGGAACACUCAUAGAAUUUAAGAGAUAUUCUAAGAUCCUCUUGCCCUCAAUGAAUAAAGUCAGAUUUGGCUGAAGAAAAAAGGCCCCAGAUGCAAACCUGGGUAUGUUUGCUGACCGGCUGGAUACAGGCUUCCCGCUGCACAGCAGUGCCACUAUCUUCAGGGCCAGCUCCCAUGCGCUCCUGCCACUUCAAACACAAACUCAAUAGUUGCCUGUAUUUAAACACAUGCUGAAUUUAUUCUACAUCCACAAAGUUCCAUAUCUUUUAGUGUUUAUAAUGUUGUGGUAGGAAUCACUUCAU